AUGGGCGAAUUAAUUGCUAAGAACAAAUCUCUUAGAAAUGAAGCUGCUAAAUAUUCAUCCGAACUUGGUAGAGCAACAAAUUUCGAAUUUGGUGAUCAUGAUAGUAACAAUAUUAAUCAACUGUUGAAUGACAUUAAACAGUUAAAGAAUGAUCUUGAAUACUUUUGUACAUUAAGAAAAAGUUAUACUGAAAUCAAUGAAGAAUCGAUGAAAAUGCUUGCGAAACAAUAUGGUUGCUCAUCAGAAUUUUCCGUAAAAACUUUUAAUAGAAAUCUAUUCCAAGGUCUCUUACAACGUCAUAUUAUUGAAUUUAUUCUCAAUUCUGCUGAAGAGUAUCUUAAAUUCGAAGAGGGAGAUGACAGUGAACAUUUUGAAGCUAAGAUAAUAUCCGCGGAGACAAAAUUACAUUAUUGUGCAAAUUCGAUUUCAAAAUAUCGUGUCGGAACAGACAAAGUAUCUUCUGCAAUUCCCACAAAAUUACGUCAAUCGGUAUAUAUUCUCCUUAGCAACAGGGGGUUUUCUCAGAUUAAUCAUAUGGAUAAAGUUGAACAUCCAUUUAUUGCAAAUUUAACGAAAAAAAUAAUAAAUAAAAUGAAUAAUAUCCGUACAAUGAAAGAUUCUGUAAAAAACAAGGAAAUCGAAUCCAUGACGACCGAAAUUAUCCGAAGGAUUAUUGUGAUUUUUCUUUUUCGAUUUAAAGUUCAAGAACCUGCUGUUCAAUCCCAUUGGUUUCAGUGUGGAAACAAAAUUGAACCUGAAUUUAUGGAUGUACCAUUGAGUGAUGAAGAUCUUAAGAAUGCUUCUGUAGAUGCUUGUUCAUUUCCCUUAAUUGCAACAAAUCUUGACAAAAAAGAUUAUAAAGUGAUUUUAAAGGCAAGUAUUGUAAAAGCAAACGUUGUAAAAGAAGCUUAUAGUAGUGGUGGAAGUUAUGGUGUUUAUACUUAG